AUGGGAAAGCGAGGGUAUGUUGCCAAAGAAUGCCAUUCCACCGAUGAGAUCGCAUUACCUGUAUCACAAAUCGAAAAAUUUAUUGACUGCUUAGAUGCUUUCAAGAAUCACAUGACUAGUGAUGCCCCCACAACCCCACCAUUCACACUGGAAUCUCUUUCGAUGAUGAAGCUUUUUCCUUUCAAGGGUUCACACGGACAAAAUCCCACGACCUCUAAUCUUCUGCCAACAUUCAAAAAAAAACAGCCCCAUGAAUCAUUCGUGGAACACCGUCGCUUGAUGCUGUCGCCCAAAGACUGCGAGGUUGAAGUUACGGUUUUUGAAAUGUGCCACCCCACCAGCGUGCUAUUUCCCCUGGAACAGCAGAUGACAAACACUGCGAAGAGCUACAUCAGCCAGCCGGUUUUUCUCGUCAACAGUGACUUGAAAACGCAUCAUUUGCCUUAA